GCGGCGUCGCGUCUAGAUACUUAUUCGUCGUUGCAUUUUUAAUUUCGUACUCAAUUCGGUUCUAAGACUCGGCGCGUGUGCAUCGACGGAAAUCGCAAGUGAGCUGCAGUGUCAUGGUGCUGUUGAAAGUCGUCAAAUAUCUUGUUGGCUGCGUUGUGCGCGUCUGCAAUGAGAUGUCGCAGAAUAUGAGUUCGCUGAAUAAAAUGUUUAAGAAUCAGUUAAUUGAGACUUAUUAGAAAAGUAACAAGCACACACUCGUUUCUAC